GUGGCUUUACGUGUGCGAUUUAGGGUACAAAGCGUGUAGGUGAAAUUUUUGUUGUCGUUGUCGUGGUCGUCGUUGUCGCUCCACAUAGGUCGUUGUUUCGCAAACGUUCUCGAAUGUCAGUGAACCCCAGCUUGCCUGUGCUAGCGCUAGCGUCGCCAAGGCCGAGACCUUCGCAGAGAGCAACUUCCCGCCUUGAAAGCCUUCUCUCACCCAACCACCAACUGAUACUCUAUCAACCCGCUGUCUGUCGUCGCCCACUUCACGCCACAUCGUCUGCGACACCACCACCCGCAAGAGCGAUCGCCGAACCUGCGCCGAGCUUAGAUCUUGAACACGAACCACAUCGCGUGCACUUCUGCGAAACCUUCCGCCUGAAGCUUCAAUACAGGGACCGCAUCCCCAACUUUCACACGACCAACCGAGACAAAGAUGGCUAUGGACGCCAAGGAAAUUGAGCUGCGGGGAAAGGCGAUUGGCAAGGCCAUUCAAGAGAAUGAGCCUAGCGCUUCAGUCAUCAAACUGUUGAACGACCUGAAGACCGGCGUCCACGCGACCGAGGAUAUCCUGCGAUCCACCAGGAUCGGUGUAACCAUCAACCGCCUGCGCACGCACAAGGACCCCGCGGUCCAAAAGCUUGCAACAGAACUAGUCUCGAAGUGGAGGGAUGAGGUCAAGAAGCAACCCAAGAAGGGUACACCAGCGAAGGUUGCUUCAGCAACAAACGGCAGCGCCUCACCUGCGCCAGCAUCAUCAGCUGCAGCUUCACCUGCGCCUAGCCAGAGCAAGCAGAAACACACUGUGGACCCUACGAAGCGCAACCAUAAGACAGACAAGGUCAACUAUGAGGUCACUGGAGAUGAUGCGCGAGACAUGUCGGUACGCCUCAUGUACGACGGUCUGGCGCAUAUGAGCACCGAGCUGCCUGAUACAAUCCUCCCAAUCGCAAAGCAAAUCGAAGCCGCCGCCUACGCAAACGCUGGCAGCGUAAACGACGCCUACAAGGGCAAAAUGCGUUCCCUUUUCCAGAACCUGAAAGCGAAAUCCAACCCUGCACUGCGGAAACGCGUUCUCUCUGGCGACGUUACACCGAGGAAAUUCGUAGUCAUGACACACGACGAGAUGAAGUCGGAAGAGCGCCGCGCCGAAGACGAGAAGCUGGAGAAGGAGAACAUGAACCAGGCCAUGGUUGCGCAGGUUGAGAAGAGUAUCUCCAAGGAGUUCCAGUGCGGAAAGUGCAAGCAGAAGAUGGUCUCGUACAGUCAGGCGCAGACGAGGAGUGCUGAUGAACCUAUGACGACGUUCUGUGAGUGCAUGAACUGCGGAAAUAGGUGGAAGUUCUCUUAGUGCGGGUCUUCAUGGUUCUGGUGAGAACCGAGGGACGGUUUGGGAGAUCCGAAAAGUUUGCAGCAGGGCGUUUCAUGGGCAUGGAGAGGCGCAUUCGAUCAUGAUUACAACUACCUUUCUAUGAGUACAGUCGAGCAGCUGUGCUCCAGGUGGAGAAGUGCACGAUGCCCUUCGUACAUCCUUUUUGACCAAGUCACAUCAUGCAAUGCGGCUUGGAAUAAUGUAUCAUCACAAAGACGAAAGAUUGCAUAAACCCGAGAGUGCAAGCUCGGUGAUGUGUAAUCAAGUGCAGAAGGCUUGAUUGCAGAAGUUGAUUGAAAUACAGUUGCACUACACACUCUCCUAACGCCUACAACAUUUCUUUCGGAACAUGGAAGUGCUUGACAACCGACUCAGGAGGGCUUCACCCAGGUGCUGGAUACCUUUCCAAGGGC